AUGGCGACUGAGCUCGAUCUUAAGGCGGUGUCCGUCUUCUCGACCGUGUCGGAAGCAGCGCUCUCUUCACUGCUAUCGGCGCCGACACCAGAGACAGUCACUUCCUUUCUUCAGAACGUGCAGAAGAAUGCCAAAGAAUGUGAACAGAACAAGUCACAGAGAGUUCGACUUGAGGUUGAACUUGAGACUGUCGUACGGACGAAUGAGUCCAAAGUCAAAGUCUUGCAGAACUCGCGGGACAAGGCUCUGUCCGACGUGCAGAAGAUUCGUGGUGACUUGCAACAGUCAGAGACGAAUCGGUCACAGGUCCAGUCAGAACUAGAACGCCUUCGAAGUACUACUUCAUCCGAUGCCUCGGAGACCACCACUCUCAAGUCCCGCAUAAGCUCACUCGAGGCGUCGAAUCGAGACACGCUUGCUCUCCUUGAGUCGAAAACCAACGCCUACGACAAGCUCUCGCAGGAUCUGUCAGCACAACAUCAGAAAUCCACAGAGCUACGAAAGCAAGUCGCGUCCCUCGAGCAGGCUUCUCAGUCGUCUACUUCAGCCGCCGCCAACGCCCGAUUCAUGGAGCAGACACUGCAGCAAGAGAUCGAUCUCCUCAAGAAGAACAAUGACUGGCUCGAGAAUGAACGUAAGGUCAAAGCUGACGAACACACUGCCUUCCGUAAAGACAAGAAUGCUCGCAUCGCAGAGCUGUCGCGAUCCAACGAGCAGUACAUUGCAAAUGCCGAAGCACUCAAGCGGUCAGAGGUGUCGCUGAAGCAUCGUCUGGACGACUACGUCAACAAGUUUGAGGACAGCCAGCAAGAACUCCAGAGACUCCGCGACGAAAAGUCUACCGAUGCCGAGUCAUUCAGAGGCGACCUUGAGAAUGUCCAGCGUCUUGCCGACCUGCAGAAAGCCCAAGCAGACGGUGCCAAGCAACGCAUCCAAGACUUACAAGAGGAAGUCGAGGAGAUCAAAGAGAAGGCUGCCGAGGAGUUGGGUAUCAUUAGAUCAGAAGCCGAGCAAGACUUUCAGGAAAAGGAAGCUGCAGUCCGAAAGAUCACGGAGCUCGAGGCCACUAUUGCACAGCUUCGGUCUGAAGCUGAGGAGCAGCGACAACGACCCGAAACUCCUCAACCACCUAAUGGUCAUAUGCCUGCAACACCUGGUCGACCUUCCACACCUCUAGGUAUCUUCACGCCUUCGUCGAAAGCCAGAAAUCCAACAUCAACACAGAUGUAUUCUGAGUACAAACGUGUUGAGAGAGAAUUGGCGAAGGAGCGGCUUGAGAAGGAUAAUCUUCAGAAAGAGCUCGACGAAAUCGUUGCGCAGCUUGAGGAGCUAAGCCCGAACUCGACGAACAAGGCAAGAGACGAAGCGUCGCGCAGUGCACGCGUGUACCAGAGUCAGCUCGAGGGCCGUACCAAGGAGGCCGAAGCGCUACAACAACAGCUUCGCGACCUGAGCUCACAAUGUCGCCGUUUGCUCAUGGAGCUUGAGAUCCGCGAGCGAGGCCAGACUCUUACAGAUGAGGAUUGGAUGCGCCUGCAGGCCGAGGCCGAUGAGCGGAACCAGGCUGAGCUGAAGGGUCUUUCAGAGACUCAACAAGUCGAGCGAGAGGAGCAGUUCGUGUCCAUGAAGUCAGAACUCGAAACAGCUCGUGCACAAAUUGCUGGCUUCCAAGACGAGAUCAAGACUAUGGUGGCCCAGUCCAAGAGCUUCGUCAAGGAACGAGACAUGUUCCGGAACAUGCUGACGCGGAAAGGUCAUCUCGGCGAUGGGAUGGACUUCUCGAGAUCGCUGCCUGUGCCGGCUGCUGGUUCACCAAACAAGGCACUGUCAGCAUCCGUCAGUCAAGCAGACUCCAGCGACUUUUCCAAAUUGAUCAAGGAGAUGCAACAGCAGCUUGAUGCACAGAAGGAAGUUUCCAACAUGGACCACGCCUCACUACGUUCCCAGUUGGACAAUUUGUCGAAGCGCAACUCUGAGCUUCAGACUGCCACGAGUCGUCUGCAAGGUCAACUCAGUGCAGCCACUCAGCGUGCAGAAAUGCUGCAAACCAACUACAAUAUGCUCAAGACCGAGAAUGGUGAGCUGCAGCGCAGAUCCGCCUCAAGUAUGGAGACUGCCACAAAACAAGAGAUGCGGAUUCAGCAGGCGGCGGAAGACCUGAUUGAGACCAAGGGCUUGGCGGAAAGUCUGCAACGCGAGUCCGCCAACCUCAAGGCGGAGAAGGACCUCUGGAAGAGUGUCGAAAAACGUCUGAUCGAGGACAACGAAACCUUGCGAAACGAGCGAGGUCGUCUGGACCAGCUUAACAGCAGUCUCCAGAGCAUUCUCAAUGAGCGUGAGCAGACAGACUCUGAGACUCGGCGAAGACUACAAUCCCAGUCUGAAUCUCUUGAGACCGAGCUGCAAGCCACCAAGCGCAAGCUCAACGACGAGCAAGAGGAGAAUCGAAAAGCAAGUCAACGCCGCGAAUAUGAAUAUGAACAGAGUCAGAAGCGGAUUGAUGAUUUGAUGACCUCUUUAGGGGCCGUUCGUGAAGAGCUAGCAUCGGUCAAGACGUCGCGUGAUCAUCUGCAAGCUCGUGUUGAUGAGCUCAACGUUGAGAUCCGCGCUGCCGAAGAGAGGUUGGAAGUCUACACGAAGCCAGCAGACGCGACGGAAAACACUGAAGAAGACACGAUAUCGAAAGAGCAAGAAUUGACCUUGGAGAUCUCUCAGCUCAAACGUGAGCUUGAGCAUACGAAGGCAGACUUGGAACGCGCCAAUGAGCAGAUUGACGUCUACAAGCACAUCAGUCAAUCCGCCGAGGAACGUUUGGCAGAGCUUGGUGAAACUAAUGACCAAUACCGCGAAGAGACUGAUGCCAGUAUCGCAGAGAAAGACUCCAAGAUCAAAGAUCUCGAGCAACGUAUUGAAGACGUAUCUUCCGAAUUGGAGAACACCAAUACCGAGCUCUCCAAGCUCCGCGACCAACAGACCGAUGUCGACCGCCGGCUCUCUGAGCAGAAGAACAGCUUCGAAAGUGAGAUUGAGCGUCUGAAAGAAUCCGAGGAGCGUGCAACAGAGCAAGCACAAUUCAACCUUGAAGCUUCUAAGGCCCAAGCACAGAUCGCCACCGAAGCCCAGCAGAACUAUGAGAAUGAGCUGGUCAAGCAUGCUGAUGCUGCUCGAAAUCUGCAAGUGGCUCGUACCGAAGCCAACCAGCUACGAUUGGACGCUGUGGAUCUAAGAACCAAGGCUGAUACUGCUGUCCAUGAUUUGCAGCAGAAAGAAUCGAGCUGGACUGAGGUCAAGGAUCGGUACGAGCAAGAACUUGCUGAUCUGAAGAAGCGCAGAGAAGAGGUGCUGCAACAGAACAGUCUCCUGCAUAAUCAACUGGAAGGCCUGACACAGCAAAUCAGCGUCUUGCAGAAGGAUCGUCUCGCUCUCAGCGAGAGCAGCGAAGCCAAUCCUUCCAGCAGUGCCGAUCUCGACAAUUUGCAAGAAGUCAUCAAAUACCUGCGCCGUGAGAAGGAGAUUGUCGAUGUUCAGUAUCAUCUAUCGCAACAAGAGGCCAAACGUGUUCGUCAGCAGCUCGAUUUUACACAAUCACAGCUCGACGAGACUAGACUCAAGCUGGACCAACAGCGACGUUCCGAAGCCGACUCAGAGCGCAACGCUGUCAGCCACAACAAGCUGAUGGAGACACUCAACGAGUUGAAUCUCUUCCGUGAGAGCAGCGUAACUCUGCGAGCAGAAGCCAAACAAGCCUCGCAGGCCCUUGCAAGCAAGACACAGCAAGUGGAGGAAUUAGAAGCGCGAAUCGAGCCUCUUCAGGCUCAGGUGACUGAGCUCGAAGGUCUUCUCGAGACUCGAGACGGUGAGCUUAAGUUAUUGCAGAGCGAUCGUGACCACUGGCGACAACGCACGCAAGACAUAUUGUCAAAAUAUCAUCGAAUUGAUCCCGCUGAGCUGGAGGCACUCAAGGAACAGCUUACGAAGCUCGAAAAGGAGCGAGAUGAGGCCAUUCAGGCCCGUGAUGGCUUGCAAUCCCAGGUCGACACAAUUCCCGAUCAGAUCAAGGAAGCCAAGGACGUGCAGCGGAAUGCGCUGGGAGAACAAUUCAAGACAAAGUUGCGGGAGGCGAAUGGGAAACUCAAGGACAAACAGACCGAGCUGGACGCGGCAACAGGUGAAAAGGAUACAAUACAGCAAGAGCUGAAUGAUGUACGUGAGCAGCUUGAAACCUCACGUACUCGUCAGACAUCUUCCAAUCAGGUCAAUGGUGAUACUGCUGAAGUCAAUGGCGCUUCAGAGGAAAUCAACGAGCGGGUCGUGGAGCUCGAGAGCAGGAUCUCGGAACUCGAACAGUCACUGGAGCAGAAAGACGGACAGAUCGCUUCCUUAACGGCCGAGAAAGACACCGCAGUCAAGGCGAAAGAGGAAUUCGUCAAGGAACAUUUCCGGAAGAAAUUCGAAGACGCUAAGAGCGAAGCUGCCAAGACCAAAGAUGCCGCUCUUCAAGAAUUACGCACGAGACUUGAGGAUGAUCACAAGAAAGCGAUGGACCAAUUGCGUAACGAGUUGUCCAAUAACACUGCCGCCCCAACGAAUCCGACUCCCACGUCAGCACCCGCCGAAGAAGGCGAAGUGUCCGCGAGCAGUGAAGCUUUGGCGAUCUCCGACGAAGCGUUCCUGGCACAAACUCCAGAGCGAUGGUCAUGGGCCAUCAAGAACGUCGAUCGACUCAAAUCUAUCCUGGCGGCGAAUGUGCGAGCCAGAGUUGAGAAGGCUGUCGAGGCCACGAAAGCUGAGCUCCAAGCCGCACAGAUUCCAAAUGGCGAAGGAGCUACUGUUACUGAUGCCCAGCUGGCUCAAAUUCGAUCUGAGAUGGAAACGGCUCUCAACAAACAACAGACCGACUUCGUGACUGAAAAAGCGACACUUGAGCAACAGUAUCAAGAGCGCUUUGAGAAGGAGAAGGCUGAUCUUGUUGCUGAGCACCAGCAAGAGCUGCAGUCUAAGAGGCUGGAAUUCGACCAGGCCGCCGCCGCCAAAAUUGCGGACCAGGUUCAGAAGGCCGAGCAAAUGGCAGAAAAGAAGCAUGCGUUGAAGUUGAAUAUGACCACAAACCGCGCUAACGCGGCGCUGGCAAAACUUAAGGUAGUCGAGACUGCUUCCACGGACACUCCAGAACGCGCAGUCAAGGAGGUCUGGGAAGAGGCCAAGAAUGCCAAAGCUGUGCCAGUUGCGGCAGCUGCCAAACCUGCAGCAAGCAAUGGCGCAGCUCCAGUUGAAGAGCCAAACGCGGAGAAGGACGGCACAGUGCCUGACACUCAAAACACACAGCCAUCGGUGGCCGCAACAGCGACGCCAGCUAAUUCAGUACCCGUGGUGCCGAACGGUCCAACGAGGCCUGCGGUGGCCACCACCACAGCCACGCGGGGAGUUUCAAGCUUACCACGGGGGGCUGCGUCGUCAUUACCUCGGGGUAGGGGUGGUCCCGCUACAGUCAACACAGCCUCGCGAGGUGGCGGUAUCCCUCGCGGUGGUCGUGGUGGUAUCCCUCGCGCAGGCAGCCGGUCAGCUUCCAUCGGCGGCCCAGGUCAGCGCGGUGGCUCUGUUGCCGGCAGUCCAACUCGAGGCGGUCUGAAUCCGGGGGCUAUCCAAUUCGUGCCUGGCGGGAAACGUGCGAGGGAAGAGAGUGAUACUGGAGCUGAGGGAGGGCAGAAGCGCCCCAGAGGCGGUGGUCAAGCAUCCUAG